AUGCCCGCCGAAGCUUUUCCUGCGUACACCAGGGCUGUAAUUAGCGUCUUCGCCCCCUGCGCUGCGUUACUGCUGUUCCGUAGUCUGGCCCUGGUGCCUUUCCCACGGGCCCUCAAGCUCCGCGACCUGCCUCGGAGCUCCGCACCAGCUCCUCGCUUUUGCUGCCCCUUCUGCGCCGACUAUCGGAUACAAAAGUACACCCGUGGCUGGCCGAGACAACACGGCCGCAUUCGACUCAUUUUCGAUAUGAAUGUUUUCCGUCGCACCAUGUCUUCAGCAGCAUCUCUGAAGAACGCUCGCAAGGUCGUCUGCAUUGGACGCAACUAUGCAGACCAUAUUGCUGAGCUGAACAGCGCUCGGCCUAAGCAGCCCUUUUUCUUCUUGAAGCCUUCGUCUUCAAUCCUGCUGCCAGGGGAGGGCCCCGUUAUUCGGCCCAGAGGCGUGGAUCUCCACUAUGAGGUCGAGCUUGCCCUCAUUAUGGGCAAGACUCUGAAGAACCUGGAGGCGAGCGAUGAGAAGACCGCUUUCGAUGCCAUUGAGAGCUACGCUCUGGGCAUCGACAUGACUGCCAGGAAUGCUCAAUGGGAGGCUAAGAAGAAGGGUCUGCCCUGGUCGAUUUCCAAGGGUUUCGAUACCUUCCUGCCCAUGAGCAAUAUCAUCCCCAAGUCGGCCAUCCCUAACCCUCACAAGAUCGACCUCUAUCUCUCGGUCAAUGACAAGAUCCAGCAAAGUGACUCGACGGAGCUCAUGCUCUUCCAGAUUCCCAGAAUCCUCAGUGACAUUUCCAAGGUGAUGACCCUCGAGCAGGGCGACAUUGUCAUCACUGGUACACCCAAGGGCGUUGGUCCCGUUGUGCCCGGCGAUGUCAUGAAGGCCGGAAUCAAGAUCGACGGCAAGGAGCUCGAGGAGGCCAAGAUUGAGGUCCAAGUCGAGGAGUCCAAGAGCACUUACGUUUUCGCUGAGACGUAA